ACUAACUGCGCAUGAGAUGAAUUUCAGAUCCAGAAAUUUUGACCGGUUUGAGCGAUUUUGGAAGGUUAUCUCAAAUCAGAUUCCAGCCGUUUUUCAUUGCAUGACACACGCUCAUAAUAUAGGCAUCUCAGCCUCUUUCUUCUGAGUUGAGGUUGCUCUCAUCACACGAGUAUCGGAGUAUGGCUCAACAACCGACAGAAACCUUGAACAAUCUAGAUACCGCGGAUAUGGCUGCUUCCGUAGCAUUAAAGACAGCAAAGAAGGAGCUCCGGACUUGGAUGAAGGGAAAACUCCACCAGAUUUCCGAAGACGUACUCAUUGCACAGAGUAGGCUCGACAAGACUCGAUGAUCUUAAUCCUGUACUAACACUUUCCAGGCAAUGCCGUCUUCCAGACACUCAACAAAUUCCCAUCAUACCAAAAGGCACAGCGAGUUGGUAUCUACUUGUCAAUGCCCAAGGGAGAAUUGCAAACUGAUGAAAUUGUCCGUCACGCUCUUGCAUCUGGAAAGCAGGUUUUCGUUCCAUUUCUCCACAAACCAAAGAUACCCAUCAUCAACACACCAGUAUCUGUAAUGGAUAUGGUACGUCUGGACUCCAUCGCUGAUUAUGAAGCUUUGAAAAGAGAUAGUUGGGGGAUUCCCACCAUUGAUAAGUUGACUGUUCGCGAAAGGGAACAUGUCCUGGGAGACGAAACUGAAAAGGCAGAUUUGGAUAUGAUCUUGGUACCAGGUGUGGCUUUUGAUUUGAGUCCAGAGGGACUCGUAAGAAGACUUGGGCACGGGCUGGGAUUUUAUGAUUACUUCUUGCACAGAUACAGCACAUCACAUGGAAAUGAACUAUCACUUGGACCAAGAACGAGUCCAUUGCUGUAUGGUUUAGCUCUCAGAGAGCAAUUCCUAGGAGUAGGAGUAGAAAGUGGACUAUCCAUACCGGUUGGGGAGCAUGAUUGUCUUUUGCAUGGAGUGCUGGUAGGUGACGGAACGUUUGUGGAUACCAUCAACAAAACUGCUUGA